AUGCGUUCUGAAACCGGUUUACAUUAUUUACUUAUUACUCUUUUGAUUAAAUUCAUCGAUGCUCGACUUAUUCCAUCAGAAUCUGUGGCUAAUGAACCACUUACUAUCGAUGCUAUGCCAAUUAAUAAUGUACCUAUCGUUUCUGAAAUUUCAACAAUGAAUCGACUUAACAAAUUAGCAGUAACAUCAAAACAAGCUAAUACUUCAGUGUGCUAUCCAGUUGUUGGUUGUUUUGAUAAUAAUGAACCAUAUAAUAAUGCUGGUUUAGAAGUACCUCAAUCACCUGAACAUAUUGAUACACAAUUUCUUCUAUUUACACAAGAAGCUCCUGAAACACCAGAAUUUCUUUUUUAUGAUACCAAUGAUCAAUCAAUUAUAGACUCACGUCUUAAUUCUUCUCGAUGGUUAAGAAUUAUUGUUCAUGGUUUUACGAAUAAUCGAAAUAGUAUUUGGAUAAAACCACUUCAAGAUGAAUUAUUAAAAUUAAAAGAUAAUGAAUUAUCAGAUGUACUUAUUGUUGAUUGGGGUCAUGGUGCUAAAUUUCCAUUAUAUACAAAUGCCGCUUCAAAUACACGUCUUGUUGGUAAACAAAUUGGUUUACUUUUACAAAAAUUACAUAAUAUGAAAGGAUUUGCAUAUGAGAAAAUUCAUUGUAUUGGACACAGUCUUGGUGCACAUGCAUGUGGUAUAGCAUCAGAUACAAUUGAUAAUCAAAUGGCUCGUAUUUCAGGUCUUGAUCCAGCUGGUCCAUUAUUUGAAGGAAAAAACGUAGUUGUUCGUCUUGAUAAAAAUGAUGCAAAAUUUGUUGAUGUUAUUCAUACAAAUACAAAAAUUGCUUUGGGAAUUGGUUUAGGAUCAAGUGAAUCAUCAGGACAUGUAGAUUUUUAUGUUAAUGGUGGAGAACAUCAACCAGGUUGUCCUUCAAUGUUUUCAGUUUUUGGUGAUGCAAUGAAUGGUCAUAGUGAAGCUAUUUUUGAACAUACAUCAUGUUCACAUUCUCGUUCUCAUGGAUAUUUUACUGAAUCAAUCAAUUCAAAUUGUCGAUAUAAUGCUUUUCCAUGUCGUGAUUAUAAUAGCUUCGUCAGUGGUCAAUGUCUUGUAUGUCCAACAUCAGGUUGUGCUAAAAUGGGUUUUUAUUCGAUUUCUUCACUUGGUCGUGGUAAUAUGUAUUUAUCAACAAAGGAUACUUCACCUUUUUGUGGUAAUCAUUAUUUUAUUGAACUUGUACUUGAUCGAGAUAUGAUUACAACAAGUGGUGAAAUUUUUGUUGCAAUUCAUUCAAAUUAUGAAAUGUUAGCUAAUGUCAGCAUGACUAUGAAAUCAAACGCCGAUAUAAAACCAGGUGAUAUAUUUCGUCGUGUAUUCAGUUAUAAAACUGAUUUGGGUAAAGUUGAUUAUGCUAUCGUACAUUUUAAUAAAGCAAAAAGUCUUUUUGGAUGGGGUGGUGAAAAAGGUAAUGAUAUUAUUAUUUCACAACUUCGUUUGAAAUCAAUUGAAGAUAGUGUUGUAUACAGCGGACUUUGUGAAACGCAUACAAAAAUAGCAACACAUACUUCUGAAACAGUUUUACUCGAUCCUGUUGAUUGCAAUGGUUCAAAAGGAAAUAAUUGA